AUGUCACUAUUCAAGAACUACUUCGGCCUCGGCGGCACCAAGCCUGCCCAAGAAGACAAGACCCCCGUCCGGGCUCUGCCGGCGUCAUGGUACACAUCUCAGGAGAUGUACGAGCUCGAGCGUCGCGCCAUCUUCUCCAGGAAAUGGCUCCUCACAACCCACAAGUCCAGAAUCCCCAACCCGGGCGACUGGAUCCGAUAUGACGUUGCCGGCUACGAUUUCAUCAUCGUCCACGACAGAAAAGGAAACUAUCACGCCAUGCACAACGUCUGCCGGCAUCGCGCCUUUCCGGUCGUCACCAAGGACGAGGGCAACAGCUACACCUUCUCCUGCAAAUACCACGGGUGGUCCUACGGCCUGAGCGGCAACCUGGCCAAGGCCCCCGGCUACCAGGACCUCGCCGGCUUCGACAAAUCGCAGAACAACCUAUUCCCUAUCCACAUGCACAUUGACCGCAACGGCUUCAUCUUUGUCAAUCUCGACGCCGCGGAGACGCCCGAGAUCGCGUGGAACGAUGACUUCCUCGGCAUCGACGAGCAGGAGAGGUUCCAGCAUUACAACUUCGAGGACUACAAGUUCGACCACCAGUGGGAGAUGGAGGGCGAGUGGAACUGGAAGAUCCUGGCCGACAACUACAACGAGUGCUACCACUGCCCUACCGCCCAUCCCGAUAUCCCCUCCAUCGCCGACCUCAACUCGUACUUCGUCAACACCCAGAACGCCUACAUCCAGCACUUUGGCCAGCCCACCGAGGAGCAGAUCGCCAAGGGCUUCCGCGUCGCCGCCACCUACUUUUGGCCAAACGCCUCCAUGAACGUCUCCCCGCACUUCUUCUUCAUCCAGCGCUUCGUUCCCAGCGGGCCCCAAAAGUGCGUGAUGCGAUACGAGGUGUACCGCAACAAGAACUCGAGCGACGCCGACUUCAACGUCAUUAGCGACAUGUACAAGCGCAUCAUGUCCGAGGACAAGUACCUUUGCGCCAACGCCCAGAAGAACAUCAACGCCGGUAUCUUUGUCAACGGCGAGCUGCACCCGGAGAUGGAGAAGGGCCCGCUCUUCUUCCAGAAGACGGUGCGCGAGGUCAUCACCGAGCACUGGCGCAAGGAGCAGCAGGCCGGCGCCGAGAUCUGGCCGGCGCAGCAGAGGCUGCCCAAGAGCGCCGGCGCGACCCAGGAAGACUCGAAGCUGUGCUCGGCCAUCGAGUUCUGCAGCAAGGGCAGUGGCCGGAUGGGCGACAAGGGCAUGUUGCUUGACGAGGCGAUUGCUUUCUGA